UAAGCAUGACUUGCCACAUGCCACCAGCCGAACGCCGGGCUACUACGUUUCAUUCUCUCCAGCGUCAGGCUCCAGCGCAGCAGUGAGUUUUGUGGUUUACCGUUAUAAAAAAACGCGCUUUCUCACUGAAAGCAUAUUGGCCGCAAGCUGUCGUGUGAAGUGUAUCGCUCCGAAAUCACCUGUCAAUUGAUGUCGCCCAAGUCCAAAGACUUCAAUCUCAAACCAAAGAUACUACAGAUGCCCCUGACGGCACCUGUAAGCGCAACGGCUGCUAUGAGCCCUGCCGUGCAGUCACCUCUAACGCUGAUUGAGUUUGUGACUACCGUUCCAAUACCACUUGCUUCAGAGCUAGUUGCCCUUGCGCCAUAUAUUCAGGCCAUAAGGCAUUUUGCACAGAUUAUCAGCUGGGAAUCUUCAUGGGAGGAAAGUUGGCUUGCCCUUGCCACAUGGUGGGCAUUCUGCUUGCUCUCCGAACCGACCCUGAAGUUCUUCUUACCACUUGCAGUCUCAUUUGUUCUCGCACUGAGACAUUGGACAUCAUCCAAUCACACAUCUUCGGCAAUCUCACCGCCGGUAAUAACCGACAGCACCCUUCACGCUCUCGUAUCUGAUCUAGCGACCAUUCGUGCCCUGCUUCCCUCAUCACCUCUCGUCGAAUCCCCCCUUCCUCCAUCGUUUGUUGUUCUCCGAGUGCUUGCAUUUAUCUAUCUGCCCUACCUCAUCCUCACAUCUUUUGUUGGUCUCCGUAUUUGCAUCGCAUUAUGCGGCACCCUGUUCAUGAUUCAUAGAGCGCACUGGGCCAGACAUGCCCGAGCAUCCAUUACUCGCAGCGCACAUAUCCGAUGGGCAUUUUACCGACUAUGCGCGUUUGUCUCAGGAGUACCGCUCCCACCACCCGCAUCACCCUCUCCCACGGAAGUUUCUAUCAAGAUACGCCCGGCAUCUGUAUUAGCAGAUGAUGCACCAAAGCCUUCUCCGCCUCUCCGCUUCCUGUUUACAGUCUACGAGAAUCAGCGGUGGUGGAUGGGUCUUGAUUGGACAGCUGCUCUGCUUCCUAAUGAACGCCCAUCAUGGUGUAGCUCCUCCCUAGUUCCAUUAUCCCCGCCUUCAGUCUUCCCUCUUCCCGCCUCUACAACGGCAUACGUCACUGUUGGAAAGAACGGUCGCGCAAGACGUGUAGCUCGCUGGACAUGGGAAGAACCUGAAUGGCGCGUUAUCAUACGCAAGGAAGGCCAGGAGGGUAUCUGGCGAGUGGAGAAGACACCUCCAAGGGAUAAAGACGGACCUGACGAAUCUACUGCAGCACGGAUGCUACGCGCUGCACGCGGCCGCGACAACCUGAACACAAGCUCCAGUGGUCCUGCCGAGUUGCCCGAACGAAUUGACGAGCAACAUUCCAGCGACCCAUUCCUUAAUUCCGCAUCUGAAGAUGAAGCUGUUACAGACCCUGAGGGUUGGCUGUAUGGUGAUAACAAAUGGGAGGGUGCAAGCUCAAAAGGCGGGAUGGGAAAGUACACGCGCUUUCGGCGUUGGACUCGCAUUGCUGUGCUUAGUGAGACUGUCGAACUUGUGGGUCCAGGCGAGUUGGGCAUUGUACGCGAUGCUACGGAGGGCAGCGGAUAUGGGACUGCUAUGAGCUCCAUUUUUGGCAGUACCGGCACCCCGUCUAUAAGCGCCAUCUCGCCGACGUUGAGCUCGUUUUCGGAAUUAGAAAUGCAGAGUACGGUGACAGCGCCAGAGUCGCAGAAGGAUGGAAAAGACGGGAAGGAUGGAAGUAGCACGAGGAACAUGUUGAGACAGCGACUGAAGGCUGUGGUGGAAGGAACGACACUGUGAUGAUAAUGACCU